UCGGUAGAUGUCGACACAAGGAGCUCGAGUUUCGUGCCGCAUUUGCGGCUCGCCAUUGUGCCGAGAUUGCCGACGUUCGUGUGUGAGUGAAAAAUUGAUCCGGUUUAUUGAUUCCCCGGCUGUCCAACCGCAAGGAAACCAAAGUCAACCCACCAGGCAGAGCUUUUAAUUAAGCUCUCGUCGCAGAUACCACGGACGCAGAAGUAGGAUAUCUGCAGGAAGGUCAGAUCUACUCUCACAUCAUUACUGGAAUAAUGAAACGCGAGGCUGACGGCGGAGCCAUGACAGGCGGCGGGGGCGGCGGAGGCGGUGGAGGCGGUCCAACCAGCCCCCAUAAACGAUACCGUCAAGGCGACGACGAACUCCGUCUUCUGAUACCCAGCAAGGUUGCUGGUUCCAUAAUCGGCAAGGGCGGUCAGAACAUCACAAAACUUAGAAGCCAGUACAAAGCCUCAAUCAUUGUACCCGACUGUCCCGGACCUGAACGAAUUCUGACGAUCAGCUCGGACUUGGACACUGUAUUGCAGGUCGUUAACGAAGUUGUACCUAAUCUUGAGGAGAACGGAUCGAGGCACGGAAACGAUGAAAUCGACGUCCGCAUGCUGGUACAUCAGAGCCAGGCCGGCUGCAUCAUCGGCAAGGGUGGAUUCAAGAUCAAGGAGCUCAGAGAGAAAACUGGUGCCAGGAUUAAAAUCUACUCCAACUGCUGUCCUCAAAGUACCGACAGACUCGUCAGCAUUUGCGGCAAGCCCAGUACCUGCGUCGACAGCAUCAGAGAGAUCAUUAGCCUCAUCAAGACCUCCCCGGUGAAGGGAAUCAACAACCCGUACGAUCCUCACAACUACGACGACUUUUACGCCGAGGAAUACGGUGGCUAUGGCGGCGGCGAUGGUCCCGGGGGGCAGAACAAAGGUGGCGGCUACGGGGGCCCGGGUGGUCGGGGCGGCGGCGGUGGCGGCGGUGGCGGCGGAGGCGGUGGAGGAAUGCCACGGAGAGAGGGUCGUGGGGGCGGCGGUGGUGUCGGGGGUGGAGGAGGCGGUGGCGGCGGAAUCGGCGGUCCACCCGAUAUGAAUCGCGGAUUUCCACCACAGCAAUCGCGGGGAGGACCACGAGGAGGCAACAUGUCUGGGCCACCUGAUCGCGGAUACGGAGGCGCUGCCCGGGGCGGCGGGGGUGGAGGUGGAGGCGGAGGCGGCGGGUAUGACGGAGGCCGCGGGGGCGGCGGCGGGUACGGCGGAAAUCGUGGAGGACCACCACCGUACGGUGGCGGAGGCGUUGGAAACUAUAACGAUAAUGGAUGGGGAAUGCAAGGAGGAGCUCCGAAUGGUAUGGGAGGUGCCGGUGGGGGAGGAAAUCCAGGAAUGGGUGGGCUACCUUUGGGAGGUAAUCAAGGAGGUAACCCAGGAGGUAACCUCGGGGGUGGCGGAGGUGGGAAGACCAGUACACAAGUCACCAUCCCCAAAGACCUUGCAGGAGCCAUUAUUGGUAAGGGUGGAGCGAGGAUCAGAAAAAUUAGGUCUGACAGUGGUGCAGGGAUUACUAUAGACGAGCCUCUACUUGGCAGCAAUGAUCGCAUAAUCACCAUUACUGGACUACCAAAUCAGAUACAGAUGGCACAGUAUCUGCUGCAACAGAGUGAUGGCAGCACAGCAACACACAGCAUUCGUCCAGCCCAAAAACCGCAUUUUUAAAACGUGCACGAGAAUUCAGACCACUAUUAGAACAGGAGGAGAAAAAAAACACGGGGGAGCCAAAGAUGCGUUUGUAACAUUUUUUAGAAAUAUUUGAAGAAAAUGAAACCUUACACUGAAAAUCCAGUAAGGAUCUUCCCAUCUUGGUCAGCAGAUUAUAGGCGGCCUAAACAUCAAGGGAUAUUUUUUCAGACCACUUUCAGUAGCCGAGACUUUGUAGAAUAUGUAACUGUACUUUUAGUCAGAGUUGGCAGGCUCCUGUACCGGUCGGUCAGCUAGAGUAAGACUUUUUUUGUUUCAUUUUUAUCAUGUCUUUUCCAUUCAGAAAAUGAGGUGGCCUCACGCAAGCAAUACGCGGUAACAAUGUUAUUACGGAUGACUAAAUGUUUAUUGGUCCAAUUUCGAAUCAUGGUUUUUUUUUCGUCAUCUCUUUUUAUGAAACUUAUUUUCGAAAUGGUAAGUAGGCUUGAAAUUUGACUAUGGAAUAUCCUAACAAUUUAUUACUAAGUAACGUAAGUCUACGAAUUAAUUUAGGGGGAAACCUAAGAGCUACUGUAUCAGUCUUAAACAAAAGAUCGGAAUCAUUCAGUUAGCACUUUACUGCGUAGCUUUUCAUGAGAAACCACUGUAGAGACCCUGAACCCUAGCCUAGCUGUAGCUCUUCCGCAAAUCAUAGAUCAUUUAUAUUUCAUUUUGACUCCGGUUAUUUUGUUUACAUAUAGUUUUUUUUUUUUUUUUUACCGUAUAUACAAAUAUAUUUAUGUAUAUACACACACACGUAUAUAUAUAUAUAAAUUAAAAAUUUUAGUAACCGUGGAAACAAAACGUUCAGAAUCAGUGAAUAAAUAUCGGGAAAAAAAUGAUAAUUUCGAAAAAAAAAAAGAAAAAUCAAAGACGAAUGCAAACUGAUGAAGAGCUUAGCAUUUUGUACAUAAAAUAAUCCUCCCACAACAUAACACCGCUGUCAUAUACACUCAGCCUGUACUUGCAUUAUCGAUAAUAAUAAUAAUUAUGCACUGUUAUAACUCAUCCCGAUAUAUACUAAUAAAAUUUUACUUAUAGUAAAUAUGUUAUUAUCAUUAAUCCAUCAAGACAACAUCAGUUUAUUUGUUACGAUAAUUUUACAUUUAGAAAGAUAGAUAAUAUAAUUUGUAACACUGGAAAUAUCGAGCUCCGAAAUGUUAUUACCGAGAUAAUUGAGCAGACCCGCGUUAAUUCAGACGUUGUCACAGGUACAGAUGUUGAAGGUAAAAUAUUGGUAAUUUUGUUUGAUCAUAUGGUUUCGAUAAUUAGAGGGUAUCUCCGGCUGUUAUCAGUAUCGAACGUGCUUUGACGUCAUUGCCCAUCUACUUGUCGAUUUUUUGAAUUCAUUUUACUUUCGAUUGUAGUCUUUACUCUGCGUUUGAAAUUUUGUCGAACUACCUAUACCAUUCUCUGAGGGGGAAAAAUGAACAUAAAGUUUCAAUGUUAAUUGACAAUUCCCAAACAAAUUUAACAAUCACAUAUCGUUAUCACUGGCCUGUAGUUUAUUAAAAUGUAAAAUUUACGUUGAUUUAACGACAUAAUUAAAAUCGUAUAACGAAAUGAAAUAAAAUAUUCAGAAAUUUCUUUGAUGAAAUUUACUGUGUACACUAACCAUAGCUUAAGAAUACAUAGGGCAUUGUAUCAUACAUAUAUUAUAAUAUACUGAGUAAUGAAAACAAGAUUGAACAGAACAGUUAGUAAAAAGUGACACAGAACAUUGAAAUAUACAAAGGUUUUUUAAAUUUUGAAUGAAGUGAGACUCCGUUUUAACUAUUGAAAAAAUUCAUAAGUAUCCAAAGUGUAAGAGUUAACUGGCAAGUUCGUUCAACAAUACGGCAUAUGAAUUUUUUGUGUUUGCCUUGGUAAUGAUAACGUACAUGAUAUCGUCACCAAUUACUUAUUAAGAGUGAUUUUGUUUUAGCGAGUAAUCUGAAACGGCUAACACAGACGUACGAGUAACUUAGAGCAAUCUGUUGCUCGGGAAAAUUUAUAAUUGUAAUAGCAUUCGCUUGAAUGGCACCUCGAUAAUAUUGAAAUCACUUGCGUUCAAAAGUACCUCCGUCUAACGUUUAAAAAUAUAUCUAAAUCCCCCAUUGGGUUAUCUGCACCAAUGCAAUAAAAUGAAAAUGUCUGUUAGCAGUAUGUUAAGUAAAUAGAAACUUCAAGCUUUUUUCUGCGAUGGAAUAAUACUUUUAGAAUUCGAAAAGCAUUAAAGAUAUAGGUUUGUAGAUUGUGCUUAUACAUUUCAUCAGUUUACAAUGGAUGUUUGAACAAAAUGAUUUAACACUUCGUGAAAAAAGCUUGAAUUCGGAAUUGCUUCAUCCUCGUUUCCAUCGCCAUUGUCAGUCAAAUCAUAAUCAGUUGCAUUUCAUUUCUGUGAAUACCACACCUAACUUGGAUGCAAUGAAGUGUAAUAUACAGUUUAUAUCAAGUGUAUCGAAUAAUUUUUAUUUGUCAGAUAAUAAAAGUUAGUACAAAGGA